ACACGUGGGCGUCACAGUGAACCCUCAGCUAGAACUUUCUCGGUAGUCUUCAGAGGGACCUUGCUGCUUCGAGAAACCCGUCCCCGUUUACAGUACGUCAUCAGACGGACCCUUUAAAGCGUCUGUAGCGGCUGUAAUGGCACAAUAUUCGGGAGCGAAGCAAUAUCAGAGUAUGAAAACACCGUCUCCAGUCGAAACGAUGACAACUAACGAUCCUCUGCCACCCGGGUGGGAGAUCAAAAUCGACCCGCAGACAGGUUGGCCGUUUUUUGUGGAUCACAACAAUCGCACAACGACGUGGAACGAUCCGAGGCACGACACGAAAAAGAUUUUUUCAAAUGGCCCCUCUAUGUCCCCCGAGCCUCCUCAGGACAUGCACAAAUCCUUUAUUCAAGAGAUGAGGCAACCGAUGCUACGCCAGGGCUACAUCCCCAUCGCAGUCUCCCAUGAAAACACUGAACCCAGGCUGCAGCAGUAUCCGAGUUUCUCCUACAUCCACCCAGCAGUGCAGCAAAGUUUGAGAACAGAUGGACGUACACCUUCCCCGACCCCAGCAUCCCACUGUCGGCCUAGAUCUCCAGUGCAGGCCCCAUCGGAAGCAUGUUUGUCUUGCUCACCUGCUUUACACGGGCCUGAGGUUCAUCAACCACAGGGCACACACCAACAAAUGAGUGGCCUUCAUCAACAGCCCCGACCCAGCAAUACAGGUCUCCGGGCGGGCUACAUCCCCAUUCCGGUGAUCCACGAGGGUGUAGGGGGUGCCUCACAAUCCCAGCCUAGCCAAAGUUCUCAUCCUACGCGAGAAAAAAUGCCAAUCUACCGUGAACAAGUGCCCAUUCAGAUUCAACAGAAUCGAGCUGCCAGUCCCAUCUCGGUCCCCUUACUGGCCCAGUCACCAGUCAUGUCUCAGAUCAUGGGAGAGAGACCACAGGUCCAGCAACACAUUGGACCCGCAGCAAUUUCACCUAAAGCUGAACAACCAGUUGAAGAAAUUGUCAGAGCGCCUGCAUUUGAGAUUCCCAUUCAAAGAGUUAGUGAUAUUCCUCAGCAAAUACAUCAUCAGCCAGUAAAACCGCAACAACAACAACCUACACAAGCACCUCAGCCAAAAGCACAACAACCCAUACCACAGUCACCGCAGGUAUCAGAGACAUCCAAUAUUACCAUACAGUUUCCUCCAGCACCAGAACCACAGGAAACCGCUGCCCCUCAAACACCUCAAGAGGUCCUACCCCCACAAGUCCAGCCUGAGGAGACUCCAGAACAAGAUCUGAGCCACCCAGGACUGAUCAAAGUGCAGCAGAUAUUGGAACGUGUGGAGAAACUGGCACAAGAUGUGAAAAGUUUCGAUGGGAAGAAGAAUGAUAAAAGAUACAUGAUGCUGGAAGAGAUGUUGACCAAAGAACUUCUGGCUCUGGACUCAAUAGACCCUGAAGGUCGCCCAGAUGUGCGUCAGGCUCGGAGGGAUGGCGUCCGCAGAGUUCAAACCAUUCUAGAUGAACUGGAGAUGUUUGGAGAGCCGACAGAAGGGCUGGCUGGUGACACGUACCCUGAGUCGAGUAUGAUUGACCAGGCAAACUCAGAGAAGGUCAGGGAGAUUUCAUAAAUGCACAAAGGUGGAACAAAUUUGAGAAGAACACUAAUCAGAUCCCCAUUCUUGUUUUUACUUGCGCAAUUAUUAUUAGUUGCAUGCAUGAAUAAUUGAAGUUUUCUGUUGGAAAUGAUCUAAUGUGAUUUGUUUACUGAGUGCAAUCAUGUGUGCUGUUAUGUGAUGCUGCUGUUGUCGAAUCUCACCAUGCCAGUGUCUUGUAGCAAAAGACACAGUGGGGACAAGUUAUAUUCAAAAACACAUGAAAACGAGGCCUUGAACCAGAAGAAAGUAUUUUAACGUUCAAAAAGUCUUUUGUACCAUGUUGAAUGAAUGAAUGAUAAAAUGUUUUUGAAUAUUCCUUAAGUUGUUAAUGAAGUAGUGGGAAAUCAUAGUGAAAACUUUUAUUUGAUUUUUGAAAAUUUUCAUGUGUGGGCUGCAAAAAAAUAUAUAAAGACAUUGAUUUUAAUUUUGGCAUAUGGGAAGGUAUAUACAUAUAUAUAUAUAUAUAUAUACACACACACAUAUACAAUAACAUUUGAACAUCAUGCAGGAGAAUAAUUCAUUGAUGAAAGUGAGUUUUGCUGACAGAAUUCCCUAUGAUGGUUUGAAUGCUUGUUAGUAUUAUUAUUUGUUGAAUGACAGUAAUACAAAUGAUGAUAUAUUUUUAAUUCUAUUUUUCUGUGCCAAAAUGAACAUUUCCAGUAUUAAGAAUGUUCAGUUAAGAAUAUUCAAAUGUUGAAUCUCAAGAACUAACUGAAUAUACGGUCGCCUUAUGGUGAAGGUGCUGGUUUGAUAAAGCAGCCAGGGUCAGUCCAAAGUUAUGGUGAUCUAUAAACUCGAAAGGUACCAAAAUCAUCCCAUUUUUAAUAAAAUUGUGCCCUUGAGGAAGGCAACUUAAACACUUGCUCUAAGGGACUAGAAAUUAGUGUACCAAAAAUGACUUUGUAUAAUGUGUCAGCUCAAUUCAGUUUAAAACAAAGUGCUAUGUCUCACAUGACUGUUGUGAGACUUUUUUUUUAUCUUAAUGACCUGUUACUGACUCUGACUCUGAUAUCGUACUAAUACUGCGAACAAAACAUGUUUUGUGAAAUAGUAUGCUAUGUUCAGUGUUCACAGCUUGGUUAUUUGCAGUUUGUUAAAAUGUCGACAUGAUAUGGUGACAUAAGCAUGACUGCAAAUACAAUAUAAUAAAGCAUUUUGCUUA